GUCCCUGGGUAGGUAAGGAGGUGGGUGGGAGCUUGCCUACAGAAAAGUGGGAUCGAGCCGUCUGUGUUCGUGGAGCCGCCGCCGCGAGGAACUGAGGGCCGGCUCCGGUCGGCUCAACAGUGCUGGGGGCCAAACUUGAAAUUCAAGUUUAAGGUGCCCCAUCGGGCGAAAGAUAAGAUUCAGAUCUCCCCCGGCCCGGUGUGCAGCAGGAGCGACCAACCCCGACCCGGGCGAAAGCGGGGACCCGUCGCUGCCGCCACCUCGUGUUCUCUCCCCACGUUCCCACUCGGGGUCUCCCUCAGGGCUGGGAGUCACAGUAGUCCCCGCUCCUCGAGGGGCCGGAUGUGCGCACCGGCAGGUUGCCGCUGAGCCCCGGCGCCCGCGGAGGUCUUGCGUUCGCCUCCUGCAGCCUCCACCCGGGAGCGCGGCGCGGGGCGAGCCGCCGCCAUGAUCACCGGCGUCUUCAGCGUGCGCGUGUGGACCCCGGUGGGCGUCCUGGCCUCGCUGGCCUACUGCCUGCAGCAGCGGCGGGUGGCCCUGGCCGAGCUGCAGGGGGCCGACGGCCAGCGUCCCGUCGACCGCAGCCUGCUGAAGCUGAAAAUGGUGCAGGUCGUGUUUCGACACGGGGCGCGGAGUCCUCUCAAGCCGCUCCCGCUGGAGGAGCAGGUAGAGUGGAACCCCCAGCUAUUAGAGGUCCCACCCCAAACUCAGUGUGAUUACGCAGUCACCAAUCUGCUUGGCGGUCCGAAACCACCUUCUCCUUACGACUCUCAAUACCAGGAGACCAUCCUGAAGGGGGGCAUGUUUGCGGGGCAGCUGACCAAGGUGGGCAUGCAGCAGAUGUUCACGCUGGGAGAGAGACUGAGGAAGAACUAUGUAGAAGACGUUGCCUUUCUUUCACCGACCUUCCACCCACAGGAGGUCUUUAUUCGUUCCACCAACAUAUUUCGGAAUCUGGAGUCCACCCGUUGUUUGCUAGCUGGGCUUUUCCAAUGUCAGAAAGAAGGACCCAUCAUCAUCCACACUGAUGAAGCACACUCGGAAGUCUUGUAUCCCAACUACCAAAACUGCUGGAGCCUGAGGCAGAGAACCAGAGGCCGGAGGCAGGCUGCGUCUUUACAGCCAGGAAUCUCCGAGGAUCUGAAAAAGGUGAAGGAAGGGAUGGGCCUUGACAGGAGUGAUGAAGUAGACUUCCUCAUCCUCUUGGACAAUGUGGCUGCUGAGCAGGCACACAGCCUCCCAAGCUGCCCCAUGCUGAAGAGAUUUGCACGGAUAAUUGAACAGCGAGCUGUGGACACAUCCUUGUACGUACUGCAGACGGAAGACAGGGAAAGUCUUCAGAUGGCAGUGGGCCCAUUCCUCCACAUCCUGGAGAGCAACCUGCUGAGAGCCGUGGACCCUACCACUGCACCUGACAACAUCAGAAAGCUGUACCUCUACGCGGCUCAUGAUGUGACCCUCAUACCGCUCUUAAUGACCCUGGGGAUUUUUGACCACAAAUGGCCACCGUUUGCUGUUGACUUGACUAUGGAACUCUACCAGCACCAGGAGUCUAAGGAGUGGUUUGUGCAGCUCUAUUACCAUGGGAAGGAGCAGGUGCCGAGGGGUUGCCCUGAUGGGCUCUGCCCGCUGGACAUGUUCUUGAACGCCAUGUCAGUUUAUACCCUAAGCCCAGAAAAAUACCACGCGCUCUGCUCUCAAGCUCAGGUGAUGGAAGUUGGAAAUGGAGAGUAACUGAUUUAUACACGCAGGAUGUGCUGAUUUUAAAAUAAAGCGCUUUUAUACAACGCC